AUUGUAUCGCGCUGUCUUUGAACCAACAUUCCUACUAAUAACUUUACUCGUUCUCCUUAUAAGCUCUGAACUCUAUAGUCCAUUUCUAUUCCGCCUCUGAAAAUCCUAUUAUCUCCAAUACUACCGAGUAGCCACGGUUGGGAAUGGAGUUCUCGGAGUUUCGUCCACUGGACGACAACUUACUGCUCGAUUACAUAAAGGCCACGCCUUCUCUCUCAUCUAUUGUUGGGAACAAUUUUGAUGACUUGACGGUCAAGGAGAUUGGGGGUGGUAAUCUCAAUUACGUCUAUAUCGUUGUUGGCUCAUCUGGGUCCUUCGUCAUCAAGCAGGCGCUUCCUUACAUGCGUUGUAUUGAAACGUGGCCAAUGACAAGGGAAAGGGCUUAUUUUGAGGCCUUGGCACUGAAAGAGCAUGGUCGAUUAUGUCCUCAAAAUGUUCCUAAAGUUUAUCAUUUUGAUCGUACAAUGUCUUUGAUUGGCAUGCAAUACUUGGAGCCUCCGCAUAUAAUCCUCAGGAAGGGGUUAAUUGCUGGAGUUGAAUAUCCAUUGCUGGCAGAGCACAUCUCAGAUUAUAUGUCAAAGACUCUUUUUUAUACAUCCCUGCUUUACCACACCACCUUGGAGCACAAAGGCUUGGUUGCUCAAUUUUGCGGGAAUGUUGAAUUAUGCAGACUAACUGAGCAGGUUGUUUUCUCUGAUCCUUACAAAGUCUCUCAGUUUAACCGUUGGACUUCCCCUUAUCUUGAUUGUGAUGCCGAGGCUAUUCGAGAGGAUAAUACUCUGAAGCUUGAAGUUGCUGGGCUGAAAUCUAUGUUUUGUGAAAGAGCUCAAGCAUUAAUACAUGGAGAUCUGCACACUGACUCCAUCAUGGUUACCCUGGAGUCAACUCAGGUCAUUGAUCCAGAAUUUGCAUUUUAUGGACCUAUGGGUUAUGAUGUUGGAGCUUUUAUUGGGAACUUGAUGUUGGCUUUCUUUGCCCAAAAUGGACAUGCGAAUGAACACAAUGACCGGAAAAUAUACAAGAAAUGGAUUUUGAGGACAAUUGAAGAGACCUGGAAUCUUUUCCAUGAUAAAUUCAUUGCACUCUGGGAUAAGCAUAAAGAUGGCCCUGGAGAGGCUUAUCUUCCAGAAAUUUAUAAUAACGUUGAGCUUCAACAGCAAGUACAAAGAAAGUACAUGAACGAUCUGUUCCAUGACACCCUUGGAUUUGGCGUGGCAAAAAUGAUACGGAGAAUUCUUGGCGUGGCGCACGUAGAAGAUUUUGAGUCAAUAACUGAUCCUAGCAAACGGGCAAAUUGUGAGCGAAGGGCUCUUGAAUUAGCAAAGAAGCUUCUCAAGGAAAGGCGGAAAUUCCUGUCCAUCUCAGAAGUUGUAUCAACCAUUCUGGAACUCGAAGCAUGAUGAAAUUUUCCUAAGUUAAUGGCCUGUUUGAGUUUUUGAUGUCCGAGUAAACUGCUAGCUCUUUCUGCAAGUGCUCAAUCAAUGUUUACAUUGCAUAAACAAAACUUGUUUGUUUCUCAAAGGCGAAUAGAUACAGUCCACUCUGAAGUCGGCUCUUUCCACGAAGGAUGAAGAAGUUGUAAUAAUAUGCUGUGUGUUUUCCAGGGCAAAAAAUAUAUCCGUGCUUGCAUUAAUAUAAACACCUGUAUUUAUAUGAUUUUCUUAUUGUCUUGUUUGUUGUAUUUGUAUGGAACUCUGCCUGCUUUAGACAUGAAUUUUCUAGUGCAA